UUUUUUCCAGCUUUUUGGCCAUCUCCCUCCAGGCUCUCGUGUUGCAGAGGAGGAGGGUCAUGGUCUCACCUUAGUGUGUAUUCUUCUUCUUCUUCUUCUUCUUCUCUUCUCCAUCUCAGUCCACUUCUCUCUCUCUCUCUCUCUGUCCCUCUCCUGAUCCGCCCUACCUUAUCGGAACCCUAAUUCGUCCUCACCCACCUCCAGCAUUCCCCCAAUUCUUAGCUCGGUACUGUGAAUUCUCCGUUUCUUUCCCACCCUCAAGAACCCUUUUUUUUUUCAACAAUUACGGCUCAAUCGGUUCUCUGCUCGCCCCCUUUUGGGAUUGGCAUUGUCCGUUUCAGCUGGGUUUCUUCGGACCCCGAUGGUUCGGAUUGAUUUUGAUUGAUUGCGGGAAGAAUUCUUGGGUAGAUCUGUUUUGACGCAUAUUUAUGGCGGUUGGUGGAUUGUGAAGGAGUUUUGAGAUUUGAGCGCCACGAGAUCCGUUAUGUUAUUGGGUUUGUAACGUUCAUCUGCUCGUGUGCGCCCGACGGAAUCAAAGUUUUGGAUCCGAUCGCCGGAGAAACAGCGCCACAUAGAUGGCGCUGUUCAGACGUUUCUUUUAUCGGAAGCCGCCAGAUAGGCUUCUUGAGAUCUCCGAGAGAGUCUAUGUUUUUGAUUGUUGCUUCUCAACGGAUGUCUUGGAAGAAGAUGAGUACAAGGUCUACAUGGGUGGCAUUGUAGCACAGCUUCAGGAUUACUUUCCUGAUGCUUCUUUCAUGGUCUUUAACUUUAGAGAAGGGGAGAAGCGGAGUCAAAUCUCAGACAUCUUGUCUAAUUAUGACAUGACGGUGAUGGACUAUCCGCGGCAGUAUGAGGGGUGUCCCCUGCUGCCACUUGAAAUGAUACACCACUUCCUCAAAUCAAGUGAAAGCUGGUUGUCAUUGGAAGGGCAACAAAAUGUGCUUUUGAUGCAUUGUGAAAGGGGAGGUUGGCCUGUGCUUGCGUUCAUGCUUGCUGGUCUCCUUUUGUAUCGUAAACAGUAUAAUGGAGAGCAGAAGACUCUUGAAAUGGUCUACAAGCAAGCUCCUAAGGAGCUUCUUCAUCUUCUGUCUCCUUUAAAUCCACAGCCUUCACAGUUGAGAUAUCUGCAGUACAUUUCCAGGAGAAACUUGGGUUCAGAUUGGCCUCCUUCUGAUACGCCUUUACUUUUGGAUUGCCUGAUUCUUAGACAUCUUCCUCUUUUUGAUGGAGGCAAAGGUUGUAGGCCAGUUGUUCGUCUGUAUGGUCAGGACCCUUCAACACCAGCCAAUAGAAGCUCUAAGCUUCUCUUUUCAAGUUCUAAUAUGAAAAAGCAUGCCCGUCUUUAUUUACAGGCGGAAAGCAUGCUGGUCAAAAUGGAUAUUCAAUGCCGUGUCCAAGGUGAUGUUGUUCUCGAGUGUAUCCACCUGGACGAGGAUCUAGUUCGAGAAGAGAUGAUGCUUAGAAUUGUCUUUCACACAGCCUUUGUGCGGUCAAAUAUAUUGGUGCUGAACCGUGAUGAGGUUGAUGCUUUGUGGGAAGCCAAGGAUCAGUUCCCGAAAGACUUCAAGGCGGAGGUACUCUUUGUGGAUGCUGAUGCUGUUGUCCCUAAUCCCACCUCAGACAUGACUGCUGAAGAUGGAAAUGAGGCCGAAACUGCUACACCUGAGGAGUUCUUUGAGGUUGAAGAGAUAUUCAGUAAUGCGGUGGAUGCACAAGAAGCGAAGGGGGAGAGCGAUGUAAGUACUUUGCAAGGAAAACCUGACGAUGGUGAUGUAAAAGAAGUAUGGAAGGAGGACGUGGAUGCUCAUUCAUUUCAAGACUGUGCAUCAGAUGAUGGAAACCUCAGACAUGAUGUGAAGGCAGAUUCUGGAUAUGAUGCUGUAAAAGACAUUGUUGUGGAUGAUGUGAAGUAUAAGAAUCAUCAGGCUAUGGAUCCUGGUCUCCAUAUGGUGAAGGACAUAGGCAUAGAUAAUGGGAAUAUUAAGUUGGAUUCCAUGGCAUUGGAAGAUGGAGGACCAAGAAAUAUAGGUGGUUUGCAUGACAAAAAUGAAGAGCUUGAAAAUGGAUAUUCUAUAGAAGACCUCCCUACACGGAAGAAGGCAGAGUCCAGAUCCGCACAGCAGAAGUCGAUUGAUAUGGGUAUGCAAAAGCCUGAUAAGUCUGUGCCACCUACUUCAAAGAAGCUGCCAUUGAAUCAUACUAAAUCAUCUUCAGAUUCAAUUGCUUCAAAACAGAAGAUAAAACAGCAAGAAUCCCAGGGCACUAACGGGAGACAAGCAAAGGGCAACACAAUAACUAGGUGGAUCCCUCCCAAUAAAGGUUCUCCCACCAAUUCAAUGCACGUAUCAUAUCCACCUUCUAGAUAUAACAGCGCACCUCCUGCUCUUGCAGUUUCUUCAAAAGAGUCUGGUACAGUUUCUAAAAAGUCCCAUCUAUCUCCAGCUGCCCCUGCAAUAGAGACUCACAAAUCUUCCCCUCCAUGUACAGAACCAUCGACAAGAGAGGAAUCUCCAGAUACGACUCUGCGGCUAAGCCCACAGCAAAAGGUGACUGCUCCACCUCUGCCGCCUCCACCUCCACCUCCUCCCCCUCCAUCACCUCCUCCCCCCCAACCACCUCCUUGCGAUAAUCUGUCAUUGCAUGAUUUUCAAGCCCAUGACCAUUCUCAGCCUUCUGCAUCUCUUCCAUCAGGCACUACACAGUCUAUGCCGCCUCCGCCUCCGCCUCCACCUCCACCGCCGCCCUUUUUCUCGCCUAGGCGAAUUAGUGAAGUGGUGUUCCCCCCUCUACCCCCUUGGACAUCUGGGUCUUCUUUAAUAAGCUCCAAAACAUCAGCAAGUUUGCCUCCCCCGCCACCUCCCCCACCACCUCCCCAACCACCUUUUUUGUUGGUCAAAUCUACAUUAGCCACACAAGAAGUUUCCAGUCAUGCAGUUACUUCCAUGUCUCCUUCAUUGCCACCACCACCUCCUCCACCUCCACCUCCACCUCCUAUGCGGGUGACGCUUACAUCUCCUCCGCCGCCGCCCCCACCCUCCACGCAUGGUGCUCCUUCACUUUAUACUCCUGUAACACAUAUGCCCCCACCUCCACCUCCUCCGCCUCCAGCACGUGGAGCCCCACCUAUGCCCCCCCCUCUUCCAUCACGUGGAGCUCCACCUCCCCCUCCGCCUCCCCAAUCACGUGGAGCUCCACCUCCGCCGCCACCUCUCCCAUCACAUGAAGCUCCCCCUCCCCCUCCACCUCCCCCAUCAUAUGGAGCCCCACCUCCCUCCCUGCCUCUCCUAUCACAUGGAGCACCACCUCCUCCUCCUCCACCUCCCCCAUCACAUGGAACCCCACCUCCGCCACCACCUCCCCCUUUACGUGGAGCUCCACCUCCUCCUCCACUUCCCCCAUCACAUGGAACCCCACCUCCACCACCGCCUCCCCCUUUGCGUGGAGCUCCACCUCCUCCUCCACCACCUCCAGGACGUGGAAACCCACCUCCACCUCCCCCACCUUCUUGGGGAGCUCCACCACCCCCUCCGCCACCAUUGCGAGGAGCUCCCCCACCGCCUCCGCCGCCUUUGGGCAGAGCACCACCUCCUCCACCGCUUUCUGGUGGGGCUGUCCCUCUACCUCCUCCAAUGCGUGGAGCCCCACCACCACCACCAGUUCCAGGAGGUUGUGCUCCAGGCCCUCCUGCUGCGCCAAGGCCCCCAGGCGGUGGACCCCCUCCACCUCCACCUUUUGGGGCAAAAAAUGCUGCAAGUGAUGGAAGAGGUUUGCCUGCUGGAAGAGGGCGUGGCCUAGCACGCCCUUCUGGUGCUGCCACAGCACCUCGCCGAUCUUCUUUGAAGCCAUUGCACUGGAGCAAAGUGACACGGGCACUCCAAGGAAGCUUAUGGGAUGAGCUGCAAAGAUUUGGGGAACCUCAAAUGGUGUCCGAGUUUGAUGUUUCAGAGCUGGAGAGCCUUUUUUCUACAGCCGUAGCAAAACCGGCUGACUCAGGAGGUAAAUCUGGAGGGCGGCGAAAAUCGACAGGAUCUAAAACUGACAAAGUCCACCUGAUUGACCUGAGAAGGGCCAAUAAUACAGAGAUUAUGCUCACAAAAGUUAAGAUGCCCCUUUCUGACAUGAUGGCUGCUGUGCUAGCAAUGGAUGAGUCAGUAUUAGAUGUUGAUCAGGUGGAAAACCUCAUAAAAUUCUGCCCGACAAAAGAGGAGAUGGAACUUCUGAAGGGCUAUACCGGUGAUAAGGAUAGCCUUGGAAAGUGUGAACAGUAUUUUUUGGAGCUAAUGAAAGUGCCAAGGGUGGAGUCAAAAUUGCGAGUAUUUUCUUUCAAAAUACAGUUCGGCUCUCAGAUUUCCGAGUUUAGAAAGAACCUAAACACUGUGAACUCUGCGUGCGAAGAGGUCCGUAAUUCCUUCAAAUUGAAGGAGAUUAUGAAGAGAAUUCUCUUCUUGGGAAACAUGCUGAACCAAGGGACUGCAAGAGGAUCUGCAAUCGGAUUUAAGUUGGACAGUUUGUUAAAACUUACCGAUACGCGUGCUACUAAUAACAAGAUGACUCUCAUGCAUUUUCUCUGCAAGAAACUUGCUGACCACUCGCCAGAACUUCUUGAUUUUCAUCGGGAUCUUGUUAGCUUGGAAGUUGCAUCAAAGAUACAACUGAAAUCUUUAGCUGAAGAAAUGCAAGCAAUUAUUAAAGGAUUAGAGAAGGUAAAGCAGGAACUGACUGCUUCUGAAAAUGAUGGCCCUGUUUCGGAUAUUUUUAGAAAGACCUUGAAAGAAUUUAUUGGUGUUGCUGAGGCUGAGGUCACAUCAUUGACGAAUUUAUAUUCAGUUGUGGGAAGAAACGCAGAUGCACUUGCAUUGUACUUUAAUGAAGAUCCAGCUCGUUGCCCGUUUGAGCAAGUUACAGCAACUCUCCUUAACUUUGUGAGAAUGUUCCGGCGAGCACAUGAAGAAAAUUGUAAACAGGCUGAACUGGAGAAGAAAAAGGCUGAGAAGGAGGCCGAAAUGGAAAAGGCAAAGGGAAUUAGCCUUACAAAGAAGGGUGUAAAUAGCUGAUUGGUGACUGUUUCCCAAUGUCUAUACUGGAAAUGAAGUUCCGUCAAUGCAGCGGCCCUGAUGACCGUUCGGCACUCUAUUGCAAUGACUGAUGCUGCUCCUAAUUGAUUUGGAAGCAGAUUGGUCUCAUAUUGGAGCAAAUGACGAGUUCAUUUGACCCUUGCCAGCAAAGAUGAGUUCCUGACAGGGUCAAUCUCCUGUCAGAUCAACGAUGAGUUCCCUUGACAUUUGCCAGGUCAAAGAGCAUGAAGACUUAGAUUUUACAUGCCUGACGUGGUGCUGUUGAGCCAGACGAGCAAGUGCUGCUGUGCGAGCUGGCAAUUAGAUAUCUGAUAAACUGAGACAAGCUUACACGAACAUCAGAAGACUGUUCAGAUUGGCCAGAAGAGUCAUUCUCGUGUGAAUUCGCGGUUAGAUGGUGAAACUUUAGUCUUUUUGGGAACGAACACUGGAAAGAUAAGUUGGAGCCGGGUUUCCAUCAAAAGGCCCAGUUUGGCUUCUGCUUUGACAUUGGCUGGGCAUUGGUUUUUUGGCACCGAGGUGGAUGCCUCCCGGAUGGUAGAGCACGAAGUCUGUCUGUACCAUGACACUGUACAAAGCUACUGACCUACUUGUAUUAGGAUACGAUUCUUUCCUCGUGUAGCACAGCUAGUCCAGUAUCUUUUUUCCCUUUGAGAUUGUUAGGUCCGAUCCCGUCGAUUUAGAUGUAUAGCUUGUCAGGUUAAGUUAGAGAAAAGUAGAAGGCGGGAUUCCUUGUGUAAUUGUGAGAUAACAGGGUAGGCAUAGCGGUUAGCAAUUGCUUUUGUCUGUCACUCAAUUCAUUCUAUCGUUAUUAAUGAAAUUCAAAGGCUUCCAUUCUUUUU